AUGUUCGUCGGUGCGUUCUAUAUAAGGCUUACAUAUCUUCUGGCAGUCAUCAUCUACACAUACAUAGGAUAUAACGUCUGGGAUAUCCCCAAGGACUAUCCGGCGGUCCUUGGUAACAAAUAUGCCUACGCGACCGAGCUCAUUUACAAUCCCAUUUUGGCUCUCAUCAAGACCUCCAUCCUUCUCUUCCUGUUGCGUCUGACUGGCCAAAAGAAAUCGGUGCGCCAGGCCAUCUGGGGACUGUUGAUCUUCAAUGGAGUCGCUGCUGUCGCUACGUUCUUUGUGACGGUCUUUCAUUGUGUACCAAUCGCUUCCAAUUGGGACUCAGCCGCAUAUCCUAAUGCUAAGUGCAUGAAUUUUGCCGACUUCGUCACCGGCACAGCUUCGGUUUCUAUCUUCACUGAUAUGCUCGCCUUGGUACUACCUACUUGGAUCGUCUACGAGCUUCAGAUGCAAUGGAACCAAAAACUAAUGUUAAUCGCAGGCGUCAUUCGCGUUAUCCUACUUGACCAAUACGACCGCCAUAUCCCUGCAAACUACACUCAUUCCGUCCUAUUCUGCGUGUCCACUAUUGAGGUUGGUCUAGCGUUUGUUGCUGCCUGUGCUCCCUCCUUCAAGCCCUUGAUCGCGCGACUUCUCCCAAGGCUCUUUCGUGGCUCGUCGCGAACCCGGUACAACAAUGGAUCUACUGGUCGCAGUGGCCGUGCCCGAACUUAUAACCUCGAGCACAUGUCGAAUUUUACCCGACGUACGCAAGAUCACAAUAUUACCAUUGUCGAGGCCGGAGAGAAUGAACUGGGCUACAGCCCUACCGAAACAACCCCCAAGAAUACUAUCACCAUGACAACACAGAUGGAGGUGACUUGGGACCACCAACCUAGUGGCCAGGAACAGCAUACUAGCAGUACUGAAAGCCUGGUUCAUGCCAAGUAG